GUGGCAGUCCAUCGUGUCAUGGAGGAUCUACUGCAACAAAUAAUUCGUGAGAGUCAAAAUAGUAAAUUAUCAAAUGUGCGGAAGGCUGCGCAAGAUGCAUACGAUUUCAUGGAAAAACAGCAAGGCCUGUUGCGAGACCCGCCGCACGAAUUGCGCGCAAAGUGUCUUGCGGCAAUUCAGCUAUCAUUGGAAACAAAAAGAAGCAAAUUGGUGUCUUAUGGCUUAACUGGCUUGCAUAAAAUUCUUAGGGAUGAUAGAUUCCAGUCGCCCUAUGAGCCGGAGGAUGACUCACUGUGGCUGCCGGCUCAGAUGCUACACGCAAUGGGCUCUCUGCUAUCGCAGUCUGACGAUACGCAGACGGAUAUGUUAAAAGUCCUCUUGCAAGUGGCCUGCUCAGCCUAUUGGACGAUGAACGGCCGGCUGAUUAUCGCAAUUCUAACGACAUGCUGCGACGCGUUUGAAAAUGGGAACCAGGCGGUCAGAACUGCUGCUCAGGCUGCUACAAGCCAAACCUUGAGGAGUUUCUGCUUGUUUUUGGAUGAAGAAUGCAGAGAAAUGGACGAAUACGCUAAGCAGAACAAGAAUGUCAGGGAAAGAGGUGUCUCUUGCUUCAAUGAAGCUCUGCCUAUUCUUCAGUACAUUUGCAGCAGAUUGGAUGAAGCUCAAAGAAAAAAGUUUGCAACAGCCAAAAGCGGGAACACAGUAGUCUUUCUGUUAGAAUGCCUGCAUACGUUAAUCUCAUCAUUACCCCAGAAAAUCCAUACCAACCAGCACUUCACAACAUUCUUGUGGCAAAAGUUCUGCCCCGCAUUGAUAGCAUUCUUGGGUACCCCACGAGUGGACAAAACUUUUACAUCGCGUGAGGGAAAGGACACGGAGGUGGGCAGAGGAUCGGGUUACUUAGCAACGACAUUGAGUUUCGAUAGUCAUCAAGCCAAAACAGUUUACAGCAUUGGAACCGAGUUAGUAAGACUGGUAGGAUGCGUGGGGCCACUAAGACCAGUAUUGGAGUCAGUCUUCCAUCGGAUGCUUCUGUACCCGCCCCCGCAACAGCGUCUGGAGUCGUUGAAGGCUUUGCGAGAGCUGCUGAGGAGUCCCAGCCGAAUGGUUGACUUCGCAGGACCACUUUUGGUGGAUGAAGAGAAGACCAGCCAGCCUCAGAGCGACAUGGCCUUGAUGAGGCUGGUGAUGGACUCUAUCGAAGAAUCCACCACCGCUGGACAACCGGUGCUCUACGCCAGUGUUUCCUGCGUGGUGGCUAUGCUGUCUGCCUUGCAGGAACUCUGCGAAGGCAAGGCUGUCAGCCAUACCUACACUGGGACCAUUAAUGCGCUGUACGAAGACCUUGAAGCCAGUGAUUACAAAGGUCCCUUGACGUACCUAAGCAUGGCAAGGCUACCCAAGACCUAUCGGGAGCAGCUGGAGCUGAUGAACAAGACCAGUGGGUCAGAAAGUGACUCUUCAGGUCAUGGUCCUUCAGAAGACGGAGAUUCUACUGACACAGAAGGACCCCAGAAUGAAUCCGAUGAGGUCAAUGAUGAUAAUAGCGUCGACGAAAUUGAUUAUGCUCUAGAAAACGAACGUGAGCGACUCCGGCUGGAGAAACUGCCCAAGUGUCUUCAUGUUGGGCGCCAAUUUGCUGAAGAAUGCAACGUGGACGUUGAGCGACACAACGCCAGGCAGUUUGUGAAGAUUCUAAGGAGUGAUUUGGUUCCAGUUGUUCUGAACCUUAGAAGCAACAUUGAGGUCGACGAAGCGCUGCAGAAUUUUGCGUCUGAGUACUGCCAAGGUGUCUUUGCCGCGCAGCAGAAGCUUCAGGAGAAGGAAACCAGUGUGGAAACGUGUGCCUUAAUUACGAUCAUGAACGCUGAUGGGAUCUACUUGGCUACUUACGCAGCUUUGCUGCUGAAUCUUAAGUUGAUCAGGAUGCACUAUUACCUUGACAGCUGCGCUGUGCCGAUUAGCGAAGAGAUGUUCGUGGAAGAAGUCCAUGGAUCAGGAGUUCUGGUCUACUUAUCCGCCACUUGGUUAUCGGAGUUGUACCAGCAGAUCCUAGCUUGCAAUCUGUUGGAAAAAUGUGGGUAUAAUCCAGCUUCUACGGAGAAUUGUGCGUUGGUUAAUAUUUUGGUUGAUGUGGACGGAAUCAGCGGGAGCCAAAGAGGAGGACAAUUGCUGGCGGAUUACAGGAGGCUGGAAAAAGCACAAUUGUCACGGAGUGAGCCAACCCCAGAAGCGGAAGCAGGAGCUAAAUUGUCGAGGAGGAUUCUGAGCUGUUGCUGGGGAAGUAUGAUGACCGUUUUAACGGCGGGUUUGAAUCCUGCGAAAGAAGAAACCAAUAAAGGGAUCUUGAAUCGGGAUACUACAAGACGGGGGGUAAGAGAUACUGUUGUCCUUGCGCUUGAAGGGCUUCACAAGGCAGCGACUCUGAGCAACAUUCUCGGACUACAAACACGGUGUGGAUCGAUAUUUGGUUUGUUGGCUAAAGCCGCUUGCACUGAGCCAGCGAUAUCGAAAUUGAGACGGACUAAGGAUGUGUUGAGGCUUAAGUUACAGAAUAGGGCGACUAAUAUUCACACGUCGCAUGCGUUGAGCAUGGAGGUGCUACUGGGGAGGGGACUGGAGCUUGGUAGUCAUGGAAGCGACUGUUGGCCGCAUGUCUUCACCUGUUGUUUGUAUGUCAGCAAGCUGGAGCAUGAUUUCUUUGGUAGGAACCAGAACCUGGCGCUUCCAAAGCUUGCCAAGAAGGAGAAGAAGGACAGUCCAAUUGAAAAGAGCGACAAGAACAGGCCUAGUUUCAAUAUUGUUGAUGAAGAAGAGACAUGUGUGGAUGUGUACAGCUUCUUGUCGACGCCCUAUACCCAGAACCCAACAACGGAGACGAUUCCGGAGAUAAUUCAAGAGUCCAAUGCUGAUAACCAGUCCAACGGAAUCCUCCCGGCUGAUUACGCAGCGAAGAUUGUCUGCGUUCUGAGCCAGCAGGUUGAUAGAUUGUUUGAAGAUGCAGCGCUGAAGCUCAAUCUCAGGGCUUUGUGCUCGUUUCUGACCGCGUUGUGCCAAGCUAGUAAAGAUCAGCUGUUCAAGACGACUGAUGGCAGCAAGGACGGUAAGAAAUUCUGGUGGAAGAAGUCCAAGCCUAGGGAAGAGGAGCUCAAUGUCUUGCUGCUGUCCAGAUUGGGUGAGGUGAUGCUAAAGUGUGUCAAAAGUGGACGCCCGUUGAUCCAUAUCAUGAGAAUCUGGAGCAUCUUGGGUCCCCAUUUCAUGGAAGCAGCUUGUCAUAAAGACAGGGAGAUUUCGAAGCGUGCUGUUCAGUGUAUUCAUGACUCAAUGGCGGCGUUGUUGAACGAGCAGAUCGAAUUGCCGCACUUUCACUUCAAUGAGGCGCUUUUUAAGCCCUUUGAAAACCUCCUCUGUCUCGAGCUCUGCGACGGCGAUGUCCAGGACCAGAUCGUCAGCUGUAUUUGCGAAUUCGUCGAAACUAAUCGCACGGAGAUUCGUUCCGGAUGGCGGCCUCUUUUCGGAGCACUUCGUGUAGCUUCGGUAGGAAAUUCUGAAUCUGUAGAAUCAGCUCCUCUAUUAGAAGUCUUCAGAGUCUUCCUAUCAACUGACAAUACUCUAGUCUUCGCCAACGCGGCUCUAGAUUGCAUCCUCUGUCUUUUGAAGCACAUCCGUGGAGUAGGUGACCCGGAAAUCUCCGACUCAGACCCGAUUUCCAAUGCAGAAAUCCGAAAAAUGCGGCUGUGUCUUGAAAGUCUCAAGUGUCUGUUAAACUGCAGUGAUAUCCUUUCGUCAAUGUAUCGGAUGCCAGCCUGUCCAAUUUUCCACUCGGCUGCACGUAUCCAAGUGUCAACCAUACCCCAAUUCGUCGAUCCAGUGAUACCCAACUUGGAGCUGGCUAAAUUCGACAAAAAUUCUGAGUCCAUGCAAGAGAUAGUCCCGGAGAUAUCCUUCGAGCUGUUCAACCGCAUAGACAGGACCCAGACCAUCACCUUGCAAUCCAUGGAGAAGCCCAGUGGAAUUUUACGCGUUUGGUACCUGCUCAUCGAAGGAUUAGCCUCCGCUACAAUGAUCUGCCCGCGAAGAUACCAACCACACACACUCGAGACACUCUUCCACUUGCUCCGUGACAUUCUCAACGUUCCCGGGGCUGAUUUCGCGCUCUACUGCGUCAACCACUUGCUUCUGCCCAUGGUUCAAAACUGGCUUCGGAUCACUUCCAAGGUCGUCCGCGGGUGGGACAAUUUCGCGCCAAAUUUCAAGCAGUGCUGCGGACUGACUACUGAUCUGGUUGUCGACUACCUAACUCACCUACAAGGUCCUGAAGUCACUCGAAGAGACGAGCUGCUACCAGCGACGACACUGAUGCUAAAGCAGCUUCUGCUGGUCAUGGCUGAGUGUGUCAUCCAGCAAACAGAGAGCAUAGCAAGACUAGGCUGCGCCUGUAUCAGGCACGUUCUGAUCAGCAGUGGACCAUUACUAACCGCUGAGCAGUGGGAAGUCUGCGGUAUAGCUUGCUAUCGCGCUUGCUCCAACUCCCUCCAAGAGCUCCACCAACUAACAAUGGCCUUCGCACCCAGAUCCGAGUCAUUCUACGGUGACCUGGCACAGGUCAAGGUCGCCGCUCGUCGCGACGCAACUCCCGAAGAAUCAGAACGACUCAGACAGCUUUCUGCCCAGGUGUUCCUGAUGGCGGAGCAGCGCUCAGAGCCGACUUACACCGACGAUAGGUCAUACGUAUUCCUGCUUUACCCACCGUCGGUAGCGUCGAGCCUCAACCCAGAUUUGUACAUAGUAAGAGUCCAAUUACGAGCCAUGGUCGUAGGACUGCUGGUCCAUCAAAUGCUGCUGCAUUGCAUCGCCAGUGUCCUGCUCCAAGGAUCAAUUGGCUCUAUUUCAAGCUUCUGCAACAUGAGCUCAACAUCACCAGUGUCACCCAAACCACCUGAAGGCAAGCGCAGACUCACCAGAAACAUAGAGACCUUCUUAGCAGCCCUGGACCUUUCAUUUGCCGCAGCAGUGAAGUUUGACUCCCGUCCAGGGCUCAAGUUUCUCGUCCAGAAGGUUGCGAAUCUAGAACAGCCGGCCAAUUUGUACCAACAAGCUGGUGCUGCCUGGACCAUCAAGAUUCUGACGCUCUUCGAAUUGUGUCUUGAAGAAAUCAGUGAUACCGGAGCUGAUCUUGAAGUCAUCAAAGCUCUCAUCAGCAAGAAUCACAAUCAGGAGGGUAAUACCCAAUUGGUUAAGUUGGUUAAGCAAUUGAAGAGCACCUUUGAUUCCCUUUGCAACAAUUAUGUUGAUGUGGUGCUGAAUCGGGAUGGCUGGCAUUCAGUUGCUGAUGGAUUUUCCGAUAGGAAGAUCUUCUUGUUGGUAGCGCAGCCUGAUGAUUUUCCAGAGAUUACCAGUAAAGAGCCUCUGGAGCGUUUUCCGCUGGAUAAACUAGAAAAGGAGACAAUUUCACAAAUGGAAGAUCCUUUGGAGCGGAAAGAAGACUAUAGGUCUCUAAAGCUGUUUGAUUUAGCUAAUGAUUACUAUAUGGAGUCAGGUCCAGAGUCUGAAGACGACUCCGAUGAAUCCAAACCUUCUUCCAGGCCCAGGUCUCCAAAGAAACUGGUCUACAGAGGCUCUAGUGAGUGUGUCUUUUCUGGUGAAGCAGAUGAAGCGAAUUCCAGUGAAUCUAACCGGGAAUUUGAUCCAGCGAAGCUGGAUCAUGAUGAUGACGGUGAUGGUAAUAUUGAUUAUGGUGAUGAUGAUGAUGAUGAUGGUAAAGAAGAAUUGGAGUCUAAUACAGACGUUAGCAUAGAUGGCAGUCAAACUGCUUCAAGAUUAGAAGCUUUGGACUCAGAUGACCUUGACUUACCUCUAAAUUUUAAAGAUUUUAACCUAGAACGACGACUAAGGCUCAGCGAUGACUGUCUUUCUAAAACUUCAAGAGGAUUUGUUAGUUCUGAUGAAUCUUACAGGUCAAAAUCGUUAGUGGAGCUCCACAGGGCUUCCAAAUUCUCAGAAUUAACCAUAACAGACUCAUCGGAAGCUAACAAUAAUAAAAUUGGUGAAAAUACACCAGAAGUUUUUGAUGAUAAUGUUGAUGACCUGCUGCGUGAUUAUGAAAGAAGUAGAAGAGGCUUCAGGAUCAAUCCGUUCUUGUGCGAGGACAAUGGUAACAUUGAGGGCAGGAAUAUUUCCAAGGAUUGCGAAGCUCAUAGGCGUGCUUGGGCGGAAACGCUCUCUGCUGCGUUGGAAUGGACACUUGCUCUGCCGGAUGAUCAGCUGAAGCCUUUGCUACCGGUGGUAGUAGGCGGGGUUAGGACCCUGACCAAGUUUGCGGUGGACUCUAAUCUUAAGAUGAAGAUCUCGUCGCUGUUCUACAGGAUCGUCGUUCUUUACGGCUUGACAAAUAAUUAG